AUGUUCAAAGAAAUUUCUUUGCAGAAGAAGCGAGUUACAGUGCUGCUGCUGCAGGCUUCCAGCAGCGAGGGAAGGGCGGCCGAGGGCAGCUCCGUGGCGGAGAAACCAGCCCCCCCAUCCCCGCUCACUGAAGAGCAGCGGCGGGAGCUGCGAGGUGCCUUUGAGUUGUUCGAUCCGGACGGCUGUGGCCUGAUAGAUGUUGGCGACUUGGAGAUAAUGGUAAGGGCUCAGGGCUGUGAAUUGAGGAAAGAUCAGAUGAAGAGAGUUGUCUCUGAAUUCAGUGGGGUAGGGUCAGGGAAGCUAACCUUUAAGUUGUUUCUGCAGAGAAGAUGGUAUGCGGAACCAUGUUUGGAAAAGGAGAUCCUGGAAGCUCUUCAGGUGUUUGGCUGGGAUGCCACUGGCAAGAUCUUUGAGAAGCUCAAGGUGGUGGCCAGUGAGGUUGGAGGAGACAUCACGGAUGAGGAGCUGCAGGAGAUGAUUGAUGAAGCAGAUGUGGAUGGAGAUGGGGACGUGGACAAACAGGAGUUCCUACGGAUUCUGGCACUGACCGACCCAUAA